UUCGGUGUUUGUUCAUGUGACUGCGUUGGCAUUGUCCCCCGCCGUUACUGUCCUCCGCCGUUUUCGUCCCCCGUCGCACGUCGUAGGGUCUACUUUGGUUAGUGAAUAUUUUACGACUUUUUCGCCGGCUACACCUGGGUGUAGCUAGGCAACAAAAAUGGCUUCCAGUAGUUCCGGACCUCCAGGAGGCCGGGCUACAAACCGUUACCGUGGAAGACCAACCCAACGGACCAGUCCAUUUUGGGCUGACCCACUGAGUGGUGAUCUUGAAAUUCUUCUAUUACGGGCCACAGGGGAAGAUACCCUCCCCUCGAACCCCUUUCUUGUAAGCAAGACAGUUGCCAAGGCAGGAUCCUUAGAAAGUGCAAGACCACAACGAGACGAUAAAAACCGAAUUCAAUAUGUACUCUCAGUAAGAGAAAAGGAUGUUAUCGAAAAUUUACUUUCAAUUAACAAGCUAAUUGAUAACACCCCAAUAGAAAUUAUUUACCAUCCGACUCUAAAUCAACGCAAAUGCGUUGUCACCUGUCGUGAAGUUCUAGAUUUAAAGGAAGACGAAUUGUUGAAAGAACUAGCCGAUCAAAAAGUGAUCGAGGUAAAGCGUAUCACCAGGAAAGAAAAUGAUUUGAUUAUAGCCACACCAACAUUAAUUCUGACCAUUCGUGGAACUGUUGUUCCUGAAUAUAUAAAUUUUGGAUUUCUUCGAGCAGGGACUAGGAAUUAUUAUCCAAACCCCAUGCAAUGUUUUAAGUGUUACCGCUUUGGGCACACAACAAAACGGUGCAGACGAAAUACUCCACUCUGCAAAAACUGUGGAAAAGAACACAAAAUAAAUAUUUCCGGAAACAAAAUUUGUAAAUCCCCUGAACUUUGCGUCAACUGUAAGGGUGAUCAUACCUCAUCCAACAGGACGUGCCCAAUAUGGGUAAGAGAAAACAACAUAACCAGAAUAAGAGUAGAUGAGGGAAUAUCUCACAACGAAGCUAGGAAAAAGUAUGACCUCCAGAACAAUGGAAUAACCUAUUCCAGUGUGCUGCAGGACAGACUUAAUACCAUUCAAACAACAGUAGAUGGCUGCACUCAAUGCAAAUGCCAAUGUAAUUCCGCUAGACCCAAUCAGGAUAAUAGCCAAUCCAUUACUUCAGGCAAUGAAACGGAAAGCUCGGUAGAUGAAUCUGAAGAAGAUUCCGAAGAAUCAGAAGAAGAAGAAAUGGAGGUACCAAAGAAUAUAGAAUCUGAAGAGGAUAGACAGGACAUGCAAACCGAAGAGGAAUCAGAUAAUCCAAUGGAAUACAUUGAAAUUAGGAAUAAAAAUAAAAGGAAAAUCUCGAACAAAGGAAUAUCUUCUGAAGAACAUAAGUCUUCUGAUGAGGAAAACAAGCAAACCAAAGAAGUCCAACGAAAACGGACAAGGAACGAACAAACAAAUCAAAUAAAUGGAAGAAACAACACACACACACACACCAACAAUAAACACCCACAUAACAACAAUCAACAAUCACAUGCUAACACUCUAUACCACUCCACUCCAAAUAAAAAUAACACUAACACAAAUAACACACACACCAGGAAAGUUUCCAGCCCUCCAAAGGGUAAUAAUAAAAACAAAUAAAUUAUUCCUUCUAUUACAUAAUUUUAACCUUUGAUCUGCAGCAUUUUUAUAUCAAUCAAUAUUAUUUUAGUUAAACCGAACGGCCCGGAGUUGCCGUCCACCUUAUUUUUGAGGGAGGUAGGAUGGACGGCGGCUCCAGCCCUCAAUCUCUUGAUACUAUUUACCAUACUUUUCAUAAAAUAAUUCAUAAAUCGAAAGACCUGGAGUCACCUUCCGCCUUAUUCAAGAGGGAUGGGACGGAGGGCGGUCUUCAGGCUUUCACUUAUUCAUAUUAUAUUUAAUCGGAUUAUUUCUUUAAAUAACUUUCAUAAUCGUAGGACCGGAAACCGACUCUCACCUUAUUUUUGAGAUGGCAGGGUGAGCGGCGGUUCCUAGUCUAAUAUUAUAUUUUCUCUAAAGGCCGGGAAUUGUCCUCCAUUUCACUCAGUGGGAUUGAUGGCGAAGACUCACGGUGGAACACAUAUUAAUCACAUGCCCUAAAUUUAAUGCUUCAAGAAUAAAGUUUCAGGUUGCAGACACCAUAAGGACAGCACUAUCGGACGACGCCGUCGAGCAAAAAAGGACCAUCUAGUUCCUAAAGGAUACAGGUUUAUUCGAUCAGAUCUAAUGUCAAAUUACUAAAUCUACCUAUACUGAUAAAACUACGUUUGUUUUCUCUUCUAAUUUCAGCAAAAGAUGAGCAGGUUUUUUACGCCCUUUUUAGAAGCGAGCUCGUCAAGCACACUAAAAGGGGCUUUUUCCCUGCUCCAAUUGUUUGGUUGUGUUUUUGGCCCCAGAGCCGUGUAGGGUGCGGCGAUACGACAUACGUCCAUAGCGGUUACUAAGACUGAGUCGAGCGAGAAUAACGAAUUUUGCAAUAGUUUUUCUUAGUUUUCCUUUAGUUAAAUUUCCCGCCCUCAAGGGCAAGAGACGAAUGAACUCUCAGAGUUUAAAGUCUCUCUAAUUCAUUACCAUUACCAUGUUUUCGUUCAAUGGUGCUACUGACACUCGACCGCAACGGUUAUGUUUUAGCGCCAUUCUAAAAGAGAAUAAUAACUAUAGAAGUUUUCUCCUACAACCGAAUGUAUAGCUUUUUUCAAAGCUGAUUUCGGUCCUAAAUAUAGCGUUUUUUUCAGCAACAGUUGUCCGGAUACCAGGAAAGGAGGAAGCAGCCGAGAAGCCCCCAACGGCCAUUCAGGAAGUUGGUUCGGUCGGAUUGGCCACUUUGACCGGCAGUUUUCACUGCCCCCUGCGUGUCCCGCUGUUUGUGCCCGUCUCAUCAGCUACGUUUUUCCUGCCAGUGACGCGCGAUUUUGGCGCAAUUUCUACUCAUCAAUCAUCAGCAGCUCAGGAGGUGUGGAAAGAGGUUUUCUUCGCUUCGUCGCUUCGAACCGCUGCGGCGAUUGCCCUGCCGUCGGCGGUAUCCGGUCCCUUCCCCGCUACCCCACUACCAUUUGGUGGUGUAUUAGGAGUGGUUCUUCAACACGAUCGCUGGCAUGAUCCCAGACUCGUAAUACUUGUUUAUCAAAAACCAUCCAAGCUAUGGGAUUGAAGGUAACGGCGAGUUUGUCGCUAAGAUUGGAAUCUUUC